UUGUGAAAUUUGAUGGAUUUUGCUGUAAACCAAUGAUUGUGCCCGACGGAGGCGGGCUUACGCGGUUUGUCCAAUUCAAUUUCCUCCCGUUGUGCCUGGGUUGCCAGCAGUUUGUUGUUGCAGUAGUAGUUUCAACGUUCCUGUCCGUGCUGGAGUAUCUUUUAUUUUAUUUUCACCGGUAACAUGGCAAGCCCGCCAUUUACAGAGAUAUUCUCCAAUACCCAUCUUUUUAUUGAUGUGUCAGCCUUUGAAGAGAAACAGGAAGUAUUUGAGUUUCUAAAUAAAAAUUUUAAGAAGAUCAACAGUAAAUGCUAUGAAACCUGCGGCUCCUUUGAAGAACUCGAGGACACUAUUUGCAACAUCUGUUUGCUUAAAAGAUCAAAUGCCCAUAGCAUCCAAAUGCAAGACAACAUUGACCAUAAAAAGGUCAGAAAAAAUACGGCACAUACAUACAACUCGGAUCUAUCUCUGUCACAGCAAAAUAAGUUAGGUGAAAACAAAGGUUCAGGAUUUCAGUUCACCAGCACUCUGCAUAAAAACCAUGAAGAUGUCUUGAGUUUAAGGAAGGAUCCCUCUCAUGGAAUUGUACGAGAACAGAGAGCGCAAGAAUCAUAUGGUGAUUUGCCUGGUCCGUCAGCAGCUAGGAAGAAGCAGGGAGAGGAACAGGAAACCUGUCCCAUUUGUCUGGAUAACUUGAAGAUGCCCAACAUGGAAACCCUGCCUUCAUGCCAUCAUUCAUUUUGUAAACACUGCUUGAAGAUGGCUUUUGUUUCGAAACCUGUCUGCCCAGUUUGCGGGAUAGUCUACGGCAAAUUGAAAGGGAAUCAACCAGUAAAUGGCUCUAUGGAUGUGUCUACAACUUCGACUCCGCUACCAGGAAAUGAAAAAUAUGGAACCAUUAUAAUUCGAUAUUACGUACCCAGUGGUAUUCAGGGGGAGGAACACCCCAGUCCAGGCCACAGGUACGAAGGAGUGUCCCGGAUUGCCUUUCUCCCUGACUCACCUGAGGGCAGGAAGGUUCUCUGUCUUCUACAGCGAGCUUUUGAGCAGCGGCUUAUCUUCACUGUUGGUCAGUCGUCCACCACAGGCAGGAGGAAUGUGGUCACGUGGAAUGACAUUCACCACAAAACAUCCCGGGAUGGUGGACCCACCAACUUUGGUUACCCUGAUGCGGAUUACCUAAGCCGUGUGCAAGAAGAGCUGAAAGCCAAAGGAAUUAAUUAAAAGUUUUACUUGAGAUUGAUGUUUUUAUGCUGUGUACCAGUGCUGGAGCAGUGACAGUCAUCAGUACAGGAACAUAUUUUACAUUUUAUUUUGCUUGAUUUUUAUUGAAUUAUCAACACUAAUCUUCGCAAACAUGUGAAGGAAAUCAGGGUUUUCUUUUAAUUUUAAUGUAGCUGCUGUCAUUUGUCUUAGUAUACUAAUAAUAAUAGUUUUUAUUUUUGUAUAGCCUGGUAUAGCUACAUACUUAUUUUCCAUAUUUUCUUUAUUUCCUGUACAAUAUUGUCGAGGAAGCAAUGGGACCAUUCUGUGGUUGAAUGAAUACUGGAUGUUAAUAGAUAAUCUUUCUUAAUAUUAAAUAGGUUCUCUUUAAGGUGCCUCUUAACACAUUCAGACACUAGAAUAACCAUACAAAAUAUCAGCUGUUCACGAUAAUGCUAAUGUAUCAAUGUCAUUGUCAAGGACAUGAAAAUUGAUAGUGUUUGCAAAAUCAUCUUAAGUUAUAUUGUAAUUUGGAAAGGUUGCGUAGACUUUAGCCCAGUGUUUCAUGUAGCUUAUUUUGAUCAUACAUUUAAAUAGCAGGAAGUUAUAUCUAAUGCUUGCAAAGUUAAUAACUGAACAACACUGUUACAAUUUGCACAUUUGUUUGGUUUCAAAAGCAAAUAAUUUGUUAUAAUGACACAAAGCCUUACAUAUUUCUGUGUGUAACUGGUAAAAUGGAUAUUUUUUGUUUAGUUUAAUAUGAUUGAAUUUUUGCAUUUAGCAGUUUAUAAAUAGAAUGGUGAAAAAUGUACUUGAAACUGAUAUUGAUCGUUGCCAGUUUUAAACCGCUCAUUUGAAAAUGGGGGGGAAAAUGUGUAUCUUUUUAUUUAAUGACACUUAUGUAUCUUACAUCUAUCUGCUUUCAAAUGCAGUGAAGUUGUGUUUUAUAAUAUAAAUAAAUAUAAUAGCAAAUUAA